AUGCCCGCCGUUCAGCGCAACGGGCGUACAGUCGCAACUCAGGAUAGGCCAGAAAAGGCAUCGCAACAGUUCACUUCGCAAGCAAUGCCUCCUAGCCGACCGAGGCCGUCCUCCUACCUCCUCCUCGUCUACCCGGUGAUCUUAGCGUUGGGAUCCCUCUUCUCCAUUCUCUCGCCAAUUGCGACUCCUCCAUCAGAACCACUUACGCCUGGCAUCGCCUCAGACUUGAAUGUGCCGCAUUUCCACCACACGAACUACUUCGCAGGCAAACGCAACAUCGUCAAUGUAUACUUUGUCAAGUUUGGCUGGCUCUGGACAACACUGGCCUUUGUGUUGCUUCAGAUUACCAUCCGGCCAGCAAACCAAAGACACUACGUUCAGACGGGCCUGCGCUACGCACUGGUUACCCUGUCGUGGUUUCUCACCACGCAAUGGUUCUUUGGGCCCGCUCUCAUCGACCGCAGCUUUACGAUCACAGGUGGUCACUGCGAGCCUCAAAUAGUCAAUAACACGGGUUUGAAAGAGGCAAUAGAUAUGAGUAGGAUCAGCUCCGGCUUAGCUUGCAAGGUGGCGGGUGGUCGGUGGCGCGGAGGAUAUGACAUCUCAGGCCACGUCUUCAUGCUGGUGCUAUCGUCUGCCUUUCUCCUCUAUGAGCUGCACAUCUCUGACCGCGACUCUUCACACCCAUCUGUCUCGCCUCAGGCGGCAGCAAGGUUGGCGCACGAGAUGACCGAGGAGGAACGCAAGGCAGUAGGAGGCUGGGAGACAGAGACCCAAGCGCGGAUCAGAAUCUGGUCAAGAUACUUUGCCUACGCGGUCGUGUUGUUGGAUUUCUGGAUGCUGAUGAUGACCGCCAUAUGGUUCCAUACCUGGCUGGAAAAGUUGGCGGGCUUGCUUAUCGCGGCUGUGACGGUGCAUGGGACUUAUUUCCUCGGCGAUAUUGUGCCCUUCUGGCGUGAGCUGGUUGGUGGUUUGUAA